AUGGAGCCGGGAACAGGCCUCUUGAUUUUCCAGAUUGGCUGUCUCCCUGCUUCAGCCCUGCAGCUUUGCAGGCCAGCCGUCACCAGCAACCAGAGCCUCUGCACAUCCUUCACGACUCACAGCCAUCAUCGCCCCGCGUGUCCAAUUGUGGCUGUCUGCAUGCAACCACUCCCGCGAGGCCAGCAUACGAAUACCACUCCACCGUGCGUCCUCUCUGCCAAGUUGACCUACUGCUGCAACCUGGGCUGCUGGGCCUGGGCUGGGCUGACUGACUGGGCGGGCUGCAUGUCGGAAGUCGGGGAGGGAGCACACGCGCUAAAACAAACGGCUGUCACCUUGGGCCAAGUGUUUCAUGAGAGGGUUACACAGCCUAAUAACUUGCCCUCCGGUUCCUUUCUCCUCGCAAUAAGCAAGAUGAUUUCCAUCACGAACAAUCAUCACGCAUGCAUCCACCAAACAUUUGCCAAAUCAUGCAAAAAGCAGAUUCGGCGGAGAUUCGAUGCACCGCCGCCUAUUCCGCAGCACCCCCAGCCCCCCGUCAUCGCUUACAAAACGCCACCUCAUCUUCAGCUUCAUGUGCCCAGGCAGGCUGGCGUCCUUUGGCUAUUUUCGUGA